AUGGAGGAGCUAAUAUGUGGUAGAUUGGUUUCAGGUUGGAUUAUAAGGAUAAUUGUUUUUAUCGAGAGGAAUUUUCUUUUGAGGAAAAAGGUAUUGUAUUUUGUUUAUGGAUUGAGGAAAGCUGUUCGACGGAAUUGUUUAUGGCUCGGUUUGGUUCUGAUAGCUUGGCAUUGCUUGCUUGACAAAAACGUUCAAAGGGAAACUAAGAGUGCAUUUGUUAGAUAUGUGACUAAAGUUUUGGUUUGUCUUGUGGUGGGAGUAAUGCUGUGGCUAUUGAAGACACUUUCAGUGAAGGUGCUGGCCUCUUCUUUCCAUGUUAGUACUUAUUUCGACCGAAUCCAGGAUUCGUUGUUCAAUCAGUACAUAAUCGAGACUCUUUCUGGUCCCCCGUUGAUUGAAAUUCAAAGGGCGGAGGAGGAGGAAAGACUUGCAAAUGAAGUUAUCAGCCAACAGAAACCCGGUGCCAAGAUUCUUCCAGGACUCGGGACGUCUACCCUCUCAUCACCCUCUUCUGUAAGUACGAUAGGGAGUGGACGGAUCCAGAAAAGUCCCCGAGGGAUAAGGAUCGACCGUUUGCAAAAAUUGAAUCAUAAAAAUGUCUCUGCUUGGAACAUGAAAAGGUUGAUUAAUAUAGUCUGCCUUGGGGCUCUUUCCACUUUAGAUGAACAGAUACAAGAUUCAACUGACAGAGACGAUUCCGCGAACCAAAUCAGAAAUGAACGUAAGGCAAAAGUCACAGCAAGAAAAAUCUUCCUGAAUGUUACAAAGCCGAGAUCCAGGUUCAUCUACUUGGAGGACAUUGAACGUUUUCUUCAAGAAGACGAGGCUUUCAAGACCAUGAGUCUCUUUGAAGAAGCAUCCGAAAGUAGGAGAAUUGAUCAGAAGGCCCUGAAGAGCUGGGUGGCCAAUGCGUUCAGAGAACGAAGGGCACUUGCCUUGACACUGAACGAUACCAAAACAGCUAUCAACAGACUUCAUCAGGUAGUCGACGUUCUUGUCGGCAUCAUUAUAGUGGUUACUUGGCUAAUCAUACUCGAAAUCACCACCCGAAAAGUUCUCGUUUUCAUUAGCUCUCAACUGCUCCUUGUCGCCUUCGUAUUUGACAACACUUGCAAGACAGUGUUCGAAGCCAUUGUAUUAUUAUUUAUCAUGCACCCAUUUGAUGUGGGUGAUAGGAGCGAAAUCGAUGGAAUUCAGGUACUUGAGAAUUCCAGAUUCUUAACCACUGUUUUCCUAAGAUACGACAACCAGAAGAUCAUUAUCCCAAACAGUGUGCUGGCUACAAAGGCCAUACAUAACUACUAUCGUAGCCCUGAUAUGGGCGAUGCAGUUGAAUUCUGUAUCCAUGUCAAAACUCCUGCAGAAAAGAUUGGUCUAAUCAAGAAGAGGAUAUUCAGUUUCGUCGAGCACAAAAGCGACCACUGGUAUCCAGAUCCAAAGAUUAUCUUGAAGGAAUUCGAAGAGUUGAAUAGAGUGAGGAUAGCUAUAUGGCUCACACAUAAAAUGAAUCACCAAGAUAUGGGAGAGCGAUGGGCAAGAAGGGCACUCUUGGUUGAAGAGAUGAUCAAGAUUUUCAACGAACUGGAUACUAAAAACCGCUUAUAUCCCGUCGACAUCAACGUCUGUAGCAUGCCUCCAGUGGCAUCUGACCGUCCGCAUCCUAACUGGACAGGAUCGGCCAUCUAA